ACCAGGCACAGCAUGGGGAGGCGCUGCUGGAGGCGGCGCGCGCUGGUGGCCGCGAGUCUGGGCGCCGCGCUCCUGCUCCUGUGUGCGGCACCGCACGCCCUGCGCCCUGCAUUUCAGAAUGGAGCCCUGGGUUCUGGCUGGCUUGGUGGGAAGAGGAAGAGUCCCCUCCAGAUGCUCUACGACCUGGACCAGGGCCCACCCUUUCCCCUGGCCCAGGUGCACCAGCAGCGGCGCGACCUGCUGCGCCGUGCCUGCAGCCGCCACACGCGCCGGCAGCGCCUGCUGCAGCCCGAGGACCUGCGGCACGUGCUGGUGGACGACACGCAUGGCCUGCUCUACUGCUACGUGCCCAAGGUGGCCUGCACCAACUGGAAGCGCGUGCUGUUGGCGCUGAGCGGCCGCGCCCGCGGGGACCCGUACGCCAUCCCCGCGCAUGAAGCGCAUGCGGCCGGCCGCCUGCCCUCGCUGGCCGACUUCAGCCCCACGGAGAUCAACCGGCGCUUGCGCGCAUACCUGGCCUUCCUGUUCGUGCGAGAGCCCUUCGAGCGCCUGGCCUCAGCCUACCGCAACAAGUUCUCGCGGCCCUACAGCGCAGCCUUCCAGCGGCGCUAUGGCACGCGCAUCGUGCGGCGCCUGCGGCCCAGCGCGCACCCCGACGCACUGGCGCGCGGCCACGACGUGCGCUUCGCCGAGUUCCUGGCUUACCUGCUGGACCCGCGCACGCGGCGCGAUGAGCCCUUCAACGAGCACUGGGAGCGCGCGCACGCGCUCUGCCACCCAUGCCUGCUGCGCUACGACGUGGUGGGCAAGUUCGAGACUCUGGCUGAGGAUGCGGCCUUCGUGUUGGGCCUGGCCGGCGAGCCGGGCCUGAGCUUCCCCGCCCCGCCGCGGCCCAAGGCGGCUGCCGCCUCGCAUGACCGAGCUGCGCGCCUCUUCCGGGACAUCAGCCCCUUCUACCAGCGGCGCCUCUAUGACCUCUACAAGAUGGAUUUCCUGCUCUUCAAUUACUCUGCCCCCAGCUACCUGAGGCUGCACUAGAGUGGGCUGGUGUCCUGGACAGGGGAGGGUCUGUUACAAUGCAUCCGCUCUGAGGGCCGGGGUGGGCUCAGAGCUCGUACAUUUCUGACAAGACCCCGGGAAUUCUGAGUGCCACCAGCCCGGGGACCCCUCUUUGGAAACCACUGCAGGAAGUCUUCCCUGGUUGGCGGGCACGCUGGCGAGAAUAAGGCCAAUCUCCAGCUGCAGGGCCCUGGGAAGCCAGGGAGCGUCAGCUCAGGCACAGUCACACGAGGCCUUUGCUUCCAUCGUCCCCGCCUGCGAUGCUGUUCCUUCCCAGACCUCAGUACAGAUCACACUUGGUCAGGGUUAGGUGCAGCCCACCUCAGAUGGCCAUACACCUGUGUGCCUCCUUCCUACCUCUGCCUGUCACUUGAGGCUUCCUUCCUCUACCUUCUCCAGUUAACAAGUGCCUCCCGUGGCCCUUUGGCUGUGCAAGAACUUGAGAACUCCAGUGCUUUAGGCUUUUAGAGGCCAUUUUGGGCCUCUGAACAUGUGCCCCUGAACAUGACUGUGGUGCAACAGAGCAGAAUGCUGAUGCCUGGCUCUGUAUGGCCUGUGGCCCAACCCAGUGCCCACCCUACCCCACACACCCUGGCAAGGACAGCCCUGGCCAGGAGAGAACCCCUCCCUUGGCAGGACUCCAGGUCAGGCCUCCCUGUCAGUGAGCAUGGUUCAGAUGCCAGGUGUGAGCUGUCUUUACCCUGUGGUUGGACAGCCUGGCUUCCUCUCCCCAUGGCUGGCCCUGCCUUGGGUCUCAGUCUGGCAAAAUGCUCCAUUGGAGCCUGUGGUGUAAUACAGGGGCAGGUUUUUAUAGGACCUUAGUGAGCUGGGGUCACUAAUGUUUUUUGAAAUAAAUGUGUUUUGUGACUCUCA